AUGAACAACACCAAGGAGACACUAAGCAGUGUGAAGGACGUGAUCCCGGAUAUUGGAGGGAAUUUCCAACUGGACCCUGCAGUGAUCGAAAUUAACGGGGAGAAGAAGGACUACUUCCUCAAGUGCGCUACGGAAGCGGGUGCAUCAAUGACGGAAGGGGAAUUCCAUUCUAUCUCGGAAAUCUACAAGCUCAUUCCAACACUUACACCGAGACCCGUGGCUUGGGGGAAAUUCAGGAAUUCAACCAUCGACACUUACUUCUUCCUCUGUGACUUUGUCGACAUGUCCACGAGCUUGCCUGACCCAACAAAAUUCUGUGCACGCAUUGCACAGCUUCAUCGUCAGAGUGUCUCUCCCACUGGGAAGUUCGGCUUCCAUAUCAAGAACUGCAAAGGAAAGACGCCGCAGCCGAUAGAGUGGGAGGAGGACUGGACACGAGUCUGUCAGACUUCGAAUCUGAUCAAGAUACAGGGCUUCGAGAAGGAUCUCAUAUCCAAUGGCCGAUGGCCAGAAUAUGAAGAGGCUUUUGCUCGCCUCGUCAAAGAUGUAAUCCCACAGAUCUUAAAUCCGCUCACUGAAGGAGGAAGAACCAUUAAGCCAUGCCUUGUACAUGGUGAUCUAUGGGAGGGAAAUACCACCACCAACCUUGAGACCGGUGAACCAAUGGUGUUCGACGCAGCUGCAUUCUACGCACACAACGAGUACGAACUUGGAAUUUGGAGGCGGGAAAUGGUCAGAUUUGGGAAGCUCUAUUUCAAGCAAUACCUCCGCAACUUCCCUCCCAGUGAGCCUGUAGAGCAAUUCGACGACAGGAAUGCACUUUAUGUGUUGAAGUUUGAUCUAGACUACUGCUUACACAGACCAGGUCUGCCAUUGGUUCGAGAACAGAUCCUCGCCGAUAUACUCAGACUUGUGAAUAAAUACCCGCCAAAAAGCAACGAUGCACCGCCAUUCGUUUCGGAAGGUGACAGCAUAGCUAAGCCCCAGCAAAUCGAACCUCAGACCCACACAAUUGGGGCUGGACAGCGGAGUGCAAUGCCGGCUAACCACAUUCUGCAGCUGAGGGGGUUGUGCAUUUUUGACCCGGACCUCGGUCCCGACCUCUGGGUUAGACCAGUAAGAAGGGACAUUUCGUUGGGACCCCUGCCAUGCGUGAUGAUGGGCUUGCAGGAGGCCGGGAAGAUAAGGCGUGACCACUGCACGAGGAGGCUCCUCGAGAUGUCCCCUCCUGAGAAUGAGUUCCUGCCCGACAAUUUAUUGGCAAAAGCGGACUACAUUCUGAGCCUUCAGCCAAAUUCCUAA